UCUGCGUUCUGUUCUCGUAUUUAUCAUGGUUUUCGACCUGACCUGGAAGUAGAAGGGUUAACAGUUAAGUUCUGGCCACCGAUUGUAGAUUAUUAGAUCUCGUUUAACUGGACUUAGAUGCAAGUUUGGUUGAUUUGUGGACGAAACUGUUGUUAUUUUCUGAAAAGACUAGCAACAAGGGAAAGUAUUCCGUAGAAGAAUUUUUUCGAAGGUGUGAAAGCAAGAAAGAGAGGAAUUUCUAUUUGGAUCAGUUACGUCAUUUUGCGGCUAAUUGUGAUUAUUUACCCUUAAAUCCGUGAAACACCUGUUCUUGUAACAAGUGAUACACUGAAUCUCUAUUUGAAUCUGUUACGUCAUUGUGAAGCUGAUAGUGAUUAUUUAUCCCUGAUUCCGUGAAACACCUGUUCUUGUAACAAGUGAUACACUGUAAAAAUCAACUGAAAUUAGUGGAAAAGCUACACCGAAUGAUGUGCUCUCUAUCAGAAAGGUGCCCAAGACAAGGUGCUUCGACCUUCACUUUCUUCGCCGUUCUUCUCUUUGAGCUGAUAUCAAAAACAGUUUCGGUUAAUGGCGAAAGGCUGCUUCAGUUUGCUGAUAUCUUGCCCGAUUCUAAGUCUUAUGACAAGAUGAAACCUCCAAAAAAAGAUGGUCGUCCCACAAUUGUUCGAUAUCAUGUGACAGUAAUGGGCUUAGAUUCAAUAAAUGAAGAAUCGAUGACUUAUGCUGCCGAUAUUUUCUUCGCUCAGUCUUGGAAAGACCAUCGCCUACGCCUGCCAGAAAACAUGUCUUCUGAAUACAGGUUGUUGGAAGUGUCCUGGCUUCAGAACAUCUGGCGGCCCGACUCCUUUUUCAAAAAUGCGAAAGCCGUCACCUUCCAAACUAUGACCAUCCCAAAUCAUUAUGUAUGGAUCUAUAGGGACAAAACUAUUCUCUACAUGGUCAAAUUAACGUUAAUUUUGUCUUGCGCGAUGAAUUUCGCGGCGUAUCCUCACGACACUCAACAUUGUUCGCUAGAAAUGGAAAGCUUAUCUCACACGACGGAUGAUCUAAUAUUCGAUUGGGAAGAGGAAGUGCCACUAGUCGUAAGUGACGAUAUAGAGCUGCCACAAUUAGAUCUCAUACAAACGGAAAAGAAAGACUGUACUCAACAUUACUCUACCGGUAAUUUCACUUGUCUCAAGCUAACUUUUACUUUAAAACGACGUCUUGGUUAUUACAUGUUCCACACCUACAUUCCAACUUGUCUCAUUGUCAUCAUGUCCUGGGUGUCUUUCUGGAUACGACCCGAAGCUGUACCUGCUCGUGUAACCUUGGGAGUGACCAGUCUCCUGACUCUGUCUACUCAACACGCCAAGAGCCUGGACUCCUUACCACCAGUUUCGUACAUCAAAGCCAUAGACAUAUUCAUGGCCACCUGCACCGUCUUCGUUUUCUUAUCACUCAUGGAAUUCGCUCUGGUCAAUGUCAUCUUGGAGGAAUGCGUUACUAUGAAACUGAAGCAAAGGAUAAAAAGGAGAAAGUUUGAAGAAAGUCUUAAAGAUGUGGAGGUACAAAAUGAUAUUCUAGCCAUCAACAUGGAAAAGAAAUCAUCUGCUGUUUCUCGCAGUGUCAAACGACGCAAAAUUUGGGCGUUAAGAAUAGAUCAAGUAUCAAGAGUUUUGUUCCCUCUAAGCUUUGGUGGACUUACUGUUGCCUACUGGUGCUUCUACGUCGUUUUCAACUAGCAUAUGGCCAAAACCUGCAGCACAUACAAGAAUUCGUAUGCAUUU